GUAUUAAUCUCAAAUUCUUUCUAACACAAUCAACAAGGAAAGAAGCACAACUCUUAAAUCCAGAGAUUUGUAGUAAAAUCAUUUAUAUAUAUAUAAGUUAAAAGAUGGCAGGUGGAACUUUUGUAGAUUCAGGAAAUGCAAAGCAAUUUGAUGGCAAGGUAACAGCAUUUGUGUUGGUUACAUCUUUUGUGGCAGCCAUGGGAGGUUUACUCUUUGGUUAUGACUUGGGAAUUACAGGAGGAGUGACUUCUAUGGAUCCAUUUUUGAUAAAAUUCUUUCCAAGUGUUUAUAAACAAAUGAAAGGUGAAACUCUUCGCGAAAGCCAAUACUGUAAAUAUGACAAUGAGCUACUCACUUUAUUCACAUCUUCCUUGUAUCUUGCUGCAUUGGUAGCUUCUUUCUUUGCUUCCACAACCACAAGAGUCAUGGGGCGCAAGACUUCGAUGUUUGUAGGUGGUUUGUUUUUCCUCAUUGGUGCAUUGUUGAAUGGCUUUGCACAGAACAUUGGAAUGCUUAUCGUUGGUCGUUUAUUGCUUGGUUUUGGUGUUGGAUACUGUAAUCAAUCUGUUCCGGUGUAUCUAUCGGAAAUUGCUCCCGCAAAAAUUAGAGGUGCUCUCAACAUUGGAUUUCAGAUGAUGAUCACAAUUGGUAUCUUAGUUGCAAAUCUUAUCAACUAUGGGACUUCCAAACUUGAAAACGGGUGGAGAAUUUCUCUAGGUCUCGGAGCUGUUCCUGCAAUCAUGUUGUGUUUGGGAUCACUUUUCUUAAGUGAUACACCCAAUUCCAUGAUUGAACGAGGCCAAAGUGACGCGGCCAGGAAAAUGUUACAAAAGAUUCGUGGCAUCGACAAUGUUGAGGAGGAGUUUCAGGAUCUUAUUAAUGCUAGUGAGGAGGCAAAGAAUGUGGAGCACCCAUGGAAGAACAUUACACAACCAAGAUACAAGCCUCAACUCACUUUCUGCUCUUUCAUUCCAUUUUUCCAACAACUCACUGGCAUCAAUGUUAUCAUGUUUUACGCACCCGUCCUUUUCAAGACUCUAGGCUUUGGUGAUGAUGCUGCCCUCAUGUCCGCAGUUAUCUCUGGAGGUGUCAAUGUGCUUGCCACCUUUGUUUCCAUAUUCAGUGUUGACAAGUUUGGAAGAAGGUUUUUAUUUCUUGAAGGUGGCGUCCAAAUGUUUAUCUGUCAGAUUGCCGUUGGAACCAUGAUUGCCUUAAAAUUUGGAGUGAGUGGUGAAGGGUCAUUCACCAGAGGAGAAGCCAACCUUCUCUUGUUCUUUAUAUGUGCAUAUGUUGCAGCAUUUGCUUGGUCUUGGGGGCCACUAGGAUGGUUGGUACCGAGUGAAAUUUGCUCUCUUGAAGUUCGAUCGGCAGGUCAAGCUAUCAAUGUUGCCGUGAACAUGUUGUUCACUUUUGGCAUUGCUCAAAUUUUUCUCAACAUGCUUUGUCACUUGAAAUUUGGUCUUUUCUUCUUCUUUGCUGGUUUUGUUCUCAUCAUGACCGUCUUCAUUGCAUUGUUCCUCCCUGAGACAAAGAAUGUCCCAAUUGAAGAAAUGAAUAAAGUGUGGAAAUCACAUUGGUUUUGGACAAAAUUUGUUCCUGAUGUUGACACAGUCACCAAUAAUAAUCGUAGGGCCACUGCUCAAAGUUGAAGAAAUGCUCCCAUAAACAAUGUACAUUGAUGGAAAAGAACAAACUAGAUUGUGGAAUCACUUGAAAAAUUACCGACUUGUUAUGUUUUUUGCCAUUAAGUUUCAAACACUUCGCAAA